AUGACCAUCAACUGCAGCCCGCAGCCACCACUGGAGGUGUACGGCCAGCCAAUCAAAAAUGUAACCAACUUUAGAUACCUGGGUAGCAUGAUGGCAUCCAGUAAAAACGAUCUCACUAGGCGAAGGGCUCUUGCAUGGACUGCCUUCUGGAAACUGCAAAAGAUCUGGAGUAGUACUUCACUUCCCACCUCCACAAAAAUCAAGCUCUUUAAUGUUACCUGUGUGCCAGUGCUUUUAUACGGAUGUGAAUGUUGGGUACUGUCGUCUGACAUGGAGAAUAAGAUAAACUCGUUUGCUACAUCAUGCUACAGAAUCAUGUUGAAUAUUAAGCGUCUCCAGCGUGUUAGCAACAGUGAGAUAUACAGAGUGACAAACACCCAGCCUCUCAUCUGCAAAGUCAGGCAACGCCAACUACGCUUCAUUGGACAUGCUCUUAGAAUGCCUUUAGAAGAGCCUCUGCGGACUUAUGCCUUGUAUGUCCCUUCCCACGGCAAACGACGCCCCGGUCGUCAGAAGACGAACUACCUGACGUAUAUACAAAACCUGCUGGGGGACGCGGAGGGCGACCUGAACCCUACUGCUAUAGCUGCACUGGCUGCCGACAGACUGAGGUGGAAUAAAAUCGUGACCGACUGCACUGCAGCCGACUGA